UCAGGGCUUUAGCAAGAAAGGAUUCUAUCUGUGAAUACUUUGUUUGUUAUGAAGUCACAGCUGCAGGAAACCUUAAGAAUGAGGAGAACUGACACUUGGCACUGUGCAAAUGGGGAGAAGAACAGCCAACAGCUCUUUAGAGGGCUUCAGACAGGUCCCCUAAUGGGAUGAACAUUUUGCCUCUGCUGGAUGGUGAAAGUGGCUGUUUGGAUAAGAAAAUAAAAUGGCACAGUGCUCUUUUUCCAUUGAAAGUAUUUUGGGAUUGGAGCAGAAAAGAGAUGUUAUUCCAGCUGUGAAACCUCAUAGACCUUGGAUGGAUAGCUGCACCAACUUGGUUUUACAUGAAGACGGUGUUCCUCAUAUGCAAAUUCCUGUUUCUUACGAAAACUCAUUGUUUCAUGCAAACAGCAAUACAAUGCAAGAGGAAAAAGUUUUGAAAUGUGAAAAAUAUUUUUCAAUCACUGAAAGGCUAUCUUUCAAACGAGAGUUGAGCUGGUACAGGGGUAGAAGACCAAGAACUGCUUUCACUAGAAACCAGAUUGAAGUUUUGGAAAAUGUUUUUAAAAUGAACUCCUACCCUGGCAUUGACGUUAGAGAAGAACUAGCUCGCAAAUUAGAUUUAGAUGAAGACAGGAUUCAGAUCUGGUUCCAGAACCGUCGUGCAAAACUGAAAAGAUCACACCGAGAAUCUCAGUUUCUAAUAGUGAAAAAUACUUUCACCUCCAACCUGCUAGACUAGGAAGAAGAAUUGUUUGCCAUUAAGCUACUACAACAGAACAUGAGGAAUUACUGAAAUUUUCAUAAUCUGUAUCAAGUAAUGA